GGAGCAGCGGCACGGCACGGCACGGCACGGCACGGCCGGGCUGCUCUGCCCAGCCCAGCCCAGCGGGGAGCGGAGCGGAGCUCCUGUGAAACAAUGUGGCUGGAGAUAAAUACAGUGCUGGGCCUCUCUUACUUCUUGGCUACUGGACCAGUCCAUGGGGAGCACAGGCAGCUAGCUUUACAUAAGAGCAAUCUCAGGGCUGCACUAGCAUUAUACAGGGCAGACCUCCAGGCCAACCCUGCCAGAUAGUUAGGGAUGUAGCAAGGAAACUCCUACUCCCUGUGGUCUCCCUAACACUUUCACAGAGCAUGGCUUGACCAGGAUGGAUCAUCAGUCUGUCUGCAGAGCCAGGUCAGAAGGUAGAUCACUAUGGCUCUGGCAGACAGUGCAAGCUGUGCCAAACCCAGUGACGACUUCCCUUUCCCUGAGAUCAUUGAACUCAAUGUAGGUGGACAAGUCUACAUCACUCGCCAUCCUACACUGGUCAGUGUGCCUGGCUCACUGCUCUGGGAAAUGUUCACACAGAAGAAUAUCCGCUCCUUGGCCCGUGACAGCAAGGGACGGUUCUUUGUGGAUCGGGAUGGCUUCCUCUUCCGUUACAUAUUGGAUUAUAUGAGGGACCAGCAGCUAGUGUUACCCGACCACUUCCCAGAGAGGAGCCGUCUGCAGCGAGAAGCUGAGUACUUCAUGUUGCCAGAGCUUGUGAAGAUGCUGGCCCCCAAACUCAGCAAACAGAACUCUAUUGGAGAUGAUCCAUGCCAAAGUGACCCAGAGGAGCUGUCACCCAACGCUGAUGCUACUCGCAAUCUAGCUUCUGCCAGCACCACACUCACUAGUGCUGUAGCUGGUGCCCCUGGGGGCUCAGUCACUACCAGCGUGGGUGCUGCUGGUACCGAAAUCCGUAGGUCAGGUUUCAUCACCAUCGGCUACCGGGGCUCCUACACCCUGGGCAGGGACAGCCAGACGGAUGCCAAGUUCCGCAGGGUGGCACGGAUCAUGGUUUGUGGCAAGACAUCACUGGCCAAGGAAGUCUUUGGGGAUACCUUGAAUGAGAGCAGGGACCCAGACAGGCCCCCAGAGAGGUACACCUCCAGGUACUACCUCAAGUUCACCUUCCUGGAGCAAGCCUUUGACAAACUGGCUGAUGCUGGCUUCCACAUGGUGGCUUGCAACUCCACAGGCACCUGUGCCUUCGCCCAUGACCAGACAGAUGACAAGAUCUGGACCUCUUACACCGAAUAUGUUUUCUAUCGUGAGUGACACCAAAAAAAAAAAAAAAAAAAAAACAGCGAACACCAACUCUCCCUUUCCUCUCCUGUGUUGGCUGUUGCCUUUAGACAGUAGACAUCAGACCCCUGAACCCCAAGUUUCUCUCCUUUGCCUCCUUUUGAGUUUACUCUUGUGUUCUUUUUUUUUUUUUUUUUUCCCUCCAUCUUCCAAGUUGAACCUACUGGGCUCUUCCUUGUAGCAGUUGCUGGACACCAACCUUCUUCCCUGUCUCCGACUUCUGCAGUAGCCAACCAUAGCUCCCAACCCUCCCUGGAUUUGUGGACUUGGACACUAUUGUAUCUGUGCUUGGGUGGGAGGGAGAGGGUGUGGUGGAUACCCCAAACUGUGUGGGUCUGGGAUUUAUGCAGCUGGGUAAACUUGUCUGUGUUACAGUGAUCUCUAGCUCCCAUGAGCACUAUGUUGUGCAACUGGGGAACAUACUGUAUACACUAUUUGAUGUGCCAAGGAGUUCAAGUGAGGAAAUGCUGGUUUAAGGACAUAGAGAAAGGUGGGAAGCAGAGAGGAGAGUUAGGAUGGGGGGGGGGGAAGAUGAAGCCUUGCAGCACAGAUAUAUUGCCAUUAGCCCAUGUAAGCAGCUUAGCAUUUAGACUGUCAGUGCUUGGGAAGGUUAAACAAAGAUGCACCCUGUGUUUGCAGUUCUGAUCUAAAGCAUUGCUGCUGCUCUGGGAUGCCUUGGGGUUUUG